AUGUCUGGUAAAGGAGCCAAGGGACUGUCCGGUAAAGGCCUUUCCGGUAAGGGGGCGAAGGGCACGAUGUCGUCGAAAAAAGGUGACAAGCGCAAGCCAACUUCUCGUUCGGUCAAAGCCGGUUUACAAUUCCCGGUCGGUCGUAUCCACCGAUUUCUGAAGAAUCGUGCUGCAUCUGGUGGACGCGUCGGCGCCACUGCGGCGGUUUACUCGGCCGCCAUUCUUGAGUACUUGACGGCGGAAGUGUUAGAAUUGGCGGGCAACGCAUCCAAAGACUUGAAGGUGAAACGUAUUACUCCUCGCCACCUCCAACUUGCCAUUCGUGGUGAUGAAGAGCUCGACAUGCUCAUCAAGGCUACCAUUGCCGGUGGUGGUGUUAUCCCGCACAUUCACAAGUCGCUGAUGAACAAGUCUGCGAAAAAAGGCGAGUAA